CUUAAACACGACGUUUGAUGGUUAUCUGUGGUUUGCAUCCAAAACAAAAUGCACUUUUUUACCUAUGCUACUUCGCUUUGCUUGUAUUAAUGGCUGCGUGUGUACAGAAUCUAAUCUUAAUUACUGCUUAAAAGUAAUAAAUGUAAUCAUUUAUUAUUCAGCGUCCAGAAAACAUUAUUGUAUGUGUUUCGAUUGUGUGUCAUUAUGACUUCAUUUUAUCAUUAUUGCUAGGAGCAGAUUUUGAAUUAAUAAUGCGGAGUUCAAUAUGAAGGAGAUGGUAGGAGGAUGCUGUGUGUGCUCGGACGAGCGUGGUUGGCCGGACAACCCGCUGGUGUACUGCGACGGGAACGGAUGCACAGUUGCAGUUCAUCAAGCCUGCUACGGUAUAGUGACAGUGCCAACUGGCCCAUGGUACUGUAGAAAAUGCGAGAGUCCAGAAACCAAAGGGAAAGUGCGAUGCGAGCUGUGUCCUUCUAAAUCUGGUGCUCUCAAACGAGCCGAUACUGGAGGCUGGGCUCAUGUUGUAUGUGCACUUUACAUACCCGAGGUCCGAUUCGGCAAUGUCACGUCUAUGGAGCCAAUUGUUUUAAGACUGAUUCCGCCCGAGAGAUACAAUAAGAAUUGCUAUAUUUGUCAAGAAUCUGGAAAAACUCAUAGAGCUACUGCUGGCGCGUGUAUGCAGUGUAACAAAUCUGGGUGCAAACAGCAGUUCCACGUGACUUGCGCUCAGAGCCUGGGUCUGCUCUGCGAGGAGGCCGGCAACUACCUGGACAACGUCAAAUAUUGUGGCUACUGCCAACACCAUUACAGUAAACUGAAAAAGGGCGGAAACGUGAAGACCAUCCCUCCGUACAAGCCAGUGUCGCAUGACAGCCCGUCCAGUGACUCCAGCUGUGAGAAGGAGGGCGACGCGUCGCCCAUGGCUAGCGGGAGCGGGACCCCUACACAUGCUGCUAAGCCCAAGGGGCCUGGUCGAAAAUCAGGUGGUGUCUCGGGAAAGAACACUCCUAAUUCAUCGAAGACUCCCACAAACACUCCACAGCCUACAGACAAGAAGAAGCCAUCGCCGUCGCGCCGCGGGUCUUCGGCGACGGAAGGCGGCUCGGGCAGCAAGGCCAGCACGCCGGCGCCGUCACCGCAGCAUCCGGCCUCCGACGCUCCCCCACCCCUUAACAAACCACCUGGUGGGUCUACUCCCGGCAGCACCCCAAAAGCGAGUCUGCCGGCAACCUCCCCCGGUUCCAAGUCUACGGAAGCAGUCGGGGUGAUCAGCUCGGUGGCGUCUGCUACCUCGGUCCCUUUGCCAGCUAUAACAGCAACUCCUCCCAGUUUGACGGCGAGCACGCCCCCAGGGCAAGCCCCCUUGAAGCCCCUGUACCAGGAGUCCGUGAUCACGAACACGGACACCGCGGACACGAAGCAGACCAAGAAGCGCAAGGCGGUGACCGCGGCCGGCACGCCCACGCCGCUCGACUACGCGCCCACGCCGCCUCCCACUGGGGUAUCGGACAUGAACUCACAAAGCUGCAGUAGUAUGUGGGAAGGGCAACUGUCUAACGACGUGCAAAUGGACAACGCAGAGAAAAUUAUUAAGAAGGCUAAGACGGAAACAGCGGAGAACUUGGGCGUGUCCCACUUCUCGAGCGUGAGCGCCGCGCCGCCGCCGCCACCGCCGCCGCCGCCGCCCGCACACAGUCCCGCGGCGCAGCCUAGCCCCAGGCAUUUACCCAGCCCCAUGCCUGGCCCCAGCGGCGCUAACCCGGCGGUGACCAACAUAAGGUCCCCUUCCCAUCCACAGGGCGUGAAAAGCGAGCGCGACGGGCCGGCGUCCCUGCUCGUAUCGGUGCCUUUGCCGUCCACCAGCCACGGACUCAACCUCAGCGCCCAAGCACAGGUAACAGCACCGCCAGAGAUGUCGGCACCUUCGCCUCAUAUAUUCCAUCAACCCCAAAAACAGGCCGCCAUGGAGCCGGGGAUGAGCCACUCGCCGCACGGAGUCCCGGCGCGCAGCAGCUGGGGCGGCCUCAACGUCACCUACGAGAUGCAGCAAGACCCCAGCAAAUCCAGCGUGAGCUGCCUGCCCGGGUCCAGUAAAGACGGCGGGCUGGCGGUGGCGGGCAUGGGCGGCAUGCCGCCCGUCACGGUGCGCAACAAGAAGCGCGCCGCCAUGGCCUCCUCCGUCGUCACCAUGGCCAGCAACCCCACUACGUCCACUAUACAGUCGGCGGCACAGAGCCUGGCCAGCAUCCGCCGGCAGCCGCAGCCCACGCCGCCGCCUAUCUACCAGGAGACCAUAAAGGACUCUCCGCCGAGCUCUCCCAGUUCUGAAAGGCCGCUGAAACCUAAGUUGGAGUCAAAAAUGGGCGGCGGGUACUCGGCGCCGCACAUGCUGGGCAACGAGCUGAACCCGGAGAGCGGCGCCGCGGCGCGCCUUCAGGAGCAGCUGAGCGCCGAGCUGGCGGCGCACGCGGCGGGCGGCGCCGGCCUCGACCCGCUCGUGCCGCCACCGCUCAUCAACAAGGCGGCCCCGUUCUGGUUACAGGGCGCGAGCUCGCGCAGCGGGUCGGGCGCACAGAGCCUCGACCAGUUGCUGGAGCGGCAAUGGGAGCAAGGCUCACAGUUUCUCAUGGAGCAGGCGCAACAUUUCGACAUAGCGUCGCUGCUGUCGUGCCUGCACCAGCUGCGCACUGAGAACGUGCGGCUGGAGGAGCAUGUGGGCAGCCUGCUGCAGCGGCGCGACCACCUACUGGCCGUCAACGCGCGCCUCGCCAUCCCGCUCACCGCUGUGCCUACUGGGCCGCCGGAGCCCCGCGGCUGCGCGCGCGAGAAUGGAGGCGCGCGCGCGCCGCCCGCGCCCGUGCGCCCCGCCGAGACCAUCACCUCCGAUCGCGGCCAUCAGCUGAUGAUGCGCGAAGUGCAGCAGAAGCCUAGCUGAAAGCAGCCUGGGGGCGGCGAGGGCGGCGACAACGGCGGUGGCGGCGGCGGCGCGGGCGGCAGCGGCGCGGCGCGCGACCCAGACGCGCUGCGCACCGUGCAGACCUACAUCAUGCUCGAGCAGCGGCGCCGGGCCGACUUCUCCAUCGACGCCAUCCUCAAGUUCGACCACUGAGCCGGCGCCGACGCGACCGAGGGCGGGUCACUUAUUAGUUGCCGGUUACUGCAUUACCCGAGUGCGGACGAGUCGCCGCGACAUUAUGUUUCUACCGAACCUGUCUAACAAUACAUACCCGUUAUCAUAUUUAAUUACCAAUUGACGAUCGUUAGUGCCCAGCUUAUGGCUAUUAUUAAUUCAAUUUUUCGAUAGUGCGAAACGUGAAAAGACACUAAGGGCUCGGACAAUCGUGAAGCUCUCAGAAAAUGUGAGUAACGUUCCUCGACUCCAGAGUCGCUUCAGCAUAAUCAGUAAGUAGUGACUGACGCCGGC